AUGGAUAUUGCUAACAAGUCUACUGUUUCUGAAUUUAUUUUGCUGGGACUCUCUGAUUCUUGGGAACUACAGAUGUUUUUCUUUACAGUGUUUUCAUUGUUUUAUGUGGCAACAAUGGUGGGGAACAGCCUGAUAGUCAUCACAGUUCUAUGUGACGCCCACCUGCACGGUCCAAUGUAUUUCCUGCUUACAAACCUCUCCAUCAUUGAUAUGUCUCUUGCUUCGUUUGCUACCCCCAAGAUGAUUACAGAUUACUUAAUGGGCCAUAAAACCAUCUCUUUCGAUGGCUGCAUCACUCAGAUAUUUUUCCUGCACCUUUUCACUGGUACUGAGAUUGUUUUACUUAUGGCUAUGUCCUUUGAUAGGUAUAUUGCGAUAUGUAAGCCCCUGCGCUAUGCUUCAAUAAUCAGUCCUCGGGUGUGUGUUGCUUUCGUGGUAGCUUCCUGGAGUGUAGGGAUCAUGCAUUCCAUGAGCCAGGUCAUAUUUGCGCUCACAUUGCCCUUCUGUGGUCCCAAUAAAGUGGAUAGUUUUUUCUGUGACCUUCCUGUGGUGUUUCAGCUGGCUUGUGUGGACACUUACGUUCUAGGUCUCUUUAUGAUCUCAACAAGUGGCAUAAUUGCUUUGUUCUGCUUUAUUCUUUUAUUUAAUUCUUACGUUAUUGUCCUGGCUACCAUAAAGCACCAUUCUUCCCGAGCAUCCUCCAAGGCCCUUGCUACCUGUACAGCUCACUUCAUUGUUGUCUUCAUGUUCUUUGGGCCCUGCAUCUUUAUCUACAUGUGGCCACAAAGCAGCUUUCUGGUGGACAAGACCCUGUCUGUAUUUUAUACUAUUUUUACUCCUAUUCUGAACCCAGUGAUUUAUACACUGAGGAAUCAAGAAGUCAAAACAGCCAUAAGGAAGCUGAAGGAUAGGUUUCUAAAUUCGCACAAGACAACUCAUUCAUAUUACUUUUAA